CAUGAAUGGUGUUUUUUUGUUAUGCUAAAUCAUUCCGUAAAAUAAAGAUACACCACAAAAAUGCAUACAACAAUUUGACGGUUACUAUAAAAACAUGUUUUGAGAUUUAAUUACCUACUAUAAAAUUUCAUUCCAUCUGUGAACAUAUGUAGGUUAUAUAAAUUACAUUAUUAUUGAAUACUAAACCGACAAUUUUCAUGCCUUAUUAACUUUAAUACCAACGAUAAUUAAUAUGUGACUUUAAAACUGACAUAAAAUUUGCUUUGAGUAUCAGUUUAGUAAUAAAUUUUCAGAAAAAAAUAUGUAUCCUUCCACCAAGCUGGUUUUAGUUAUAAUAAUUUUUAUCUCCUGUGUGAAAUCUUUCAACUAUACAAGCUGUGACCAGGCGAAGCAACCAAAAUUUCUAAGCUCAUGUUGCGAUUUUCAAAAAAAUGACAAGACUAUCAAAGCCUGUCGUAAGUCCUUGCUGAACAAUAACUCAACUCAAAAUAACGGAGAGUCACGCAAUCUUAAAUCGGAUAAAGUGGCCUUGCAUGCAUGCAUGGCGGAGUGUUCCUUCAAGGCAAAUAACUUUUUGUUGAUUAAUGGAAGUGUCAACUUAGGGGCAUUACAGAAAAGUUAUCAACAGCGCUACAAAAACGAUCCGACCAUGUCUCAACUGAUGGUUAAGAGCCUUAACAGCUGUACGGAUUACGCUCUAAAGAGGGCACAGCAAUUUCAAUGGAUGCACAAUAAGGGCGAAUGCGACUUCUAUCCUGCCACUUUGCUGGCUUGCAUCAUGGAGCAGGUUUAUGUCAAUUGCCCGGUCACCAAAUGGAAGAACACCACCGAUUGCACAGCGAUGCGGAAAUAUUUGAUUGCCUGUGACGACGUCGAAAGCAACAGAACGUAAUGCCAAAAGUUAUAAAAACAAAUCCAAAUAUAAAUCAUUAGAAAAAUGGCUAAGCCAUUCUCUAUUUAUUCAGCA